AUGGGCAUGUACUCGGUGACCGUUCUGUGGCUACUUCCGGUGCUGGCGCUGGCGCUGCCCGCCAACGACAAGCCCGGAAGCGACAACGACCUGAUGGCCACCAUCUACAGCGACUGCCUGAAGAAGGAGUCCGCCCACUGCAUGAAGUACAAGGUAUUCUCGUACGUGGACAAGAUCCUGGCCGACAAGGAGGAUAUCACGCUCACGGACGGCAUCACCGUCGUCAAGACGUCCAACGCCGAGGAGGGCGCCCCAAGGUCCAUCGAGUCCAGCGACCUGGAGACGCUGUUGUUCGAUAGAAUGGGCAGGUUCCUGAGGACCCACACGGUUAAGGUCGAUCUUAAGGGCACCGACAUCCUCGGGGCCAUCGAAUCCGCUGGUCGUAGCUUCGAAGACUUCACCGACAAUGCCGUCGAGAGUCGUGGCAAGAAAAAGAAAGCCCAGAAGAUCCUCGGUCCGCUGAUGAUGGCCUUGGCGCUAAAGGCUGCAGCCCUGUUGCCAUUGGCCCUCGGUGCGAUCGCGGCUAUAGCUGGCAAGGCCCUGCUCGUCGGCAAGAUAGCCCUGGUGAUCUCCGCCAUCAUAGGUCUGAAGAAGCUGCUCAGCUCGAGCGGGAAGCACGUGACCUACGAGGUGGUGUCGCAUCCCCAUCACAGCAGCAGCCACGUCGUAAGCCACGACGACCCCCACGGCGGGGGUGGCUACGGAGGCGGCGGCGCUGACUACGGCGGCGGUUAUUCCGGCGGAAGUGGCCACGGCUGGGCCAGGAGUCUCCCCCAGGACGCCCACGAUCUGGCUUAUCGCGCCCAUCAACCUCAGCCGCAAGCGUGA